AUGGCGGUCAACAAGUACUCCGUCAUCCUGCCGACCUACAAUGAGCGUCGCAACCUCCCUAUCGUCACCUGGCUGCUGAACCGCACGUUCACCGAGAACAAGCUCGACUGGGAACUCAUCAUCGUCGACGACGGCUCCCCCGACGGCACCCAAGAGGUCGCCAACCAGCUCGUCAAGGCCUACGCCCCGCACGUCGCCCUCAAGACCCGAACCGGCAAGCUGGGCCUUGGCACGGCCUACGUUCACGGUCUACAGUUCGUCACGGGCAACUUCGUCAUCAUCAUGGACGCCGACUUCUCCCACCACCCCAAGUUCAUCCCCCAGAUGGUCGCCCGCCAGAAGGAGGCCAACUACGACAUCGUCACGGGCACCCGCUACGCCGGCGACGGCGGUGUCUACGGCUGGGACCUCAAGCGCAAGUUCGUCUCCCGCGGCGCCAACCUCUUCGCCGACACUGUCCUGCGCCCUGGCGUCAGCGACUUGACGGGCUCCUUUCGCCUCUACAAGAAGAGCGUCCUCGACAAGGUUAUCUCGAGCACCGAGAGCAAGGGCUACACCUUCCAGAUGGAGAUGAUGGUCCGCGCCAAGGCCAUGGGCUGUUCCGUAGCCGAGGUGCCCAUCACCUUUGUCGACCGCGUCUACGGCGACAGCAAGCUGGGCGGCGACGAGAUUGUGGAGUACGCCAAGGGAGUACUGUCGCUGUGGUUGAAGGUCUAA